GCAUGCGUUAAGAGAAUGUAAACAGGAACUGAAAUGGCAGCCCAUAGAGCGAGGCUUCAAGAAUUUGAGGAUACGUUGAAAUCAGAUUCUAUCGACAGAAAACGACUAGGAAGACUUUGUUUCAAUGGAUGUCCUUUUGAAAAUGGAUACAGAUCAGUAUGCUGGAAAUUAAUGCUGAACUACCUUCCAAAAAACAAAUCUCAAUGGAAAGAAGUGCUGUCUAAGCAAAGAGAGCUGUACAACCAUUUUGUGGAUGAAAUGAUAGUAAAGCCUGGUGCAGAAUCCUCGUCUGGUGCCCAUGCAGAUGAUCAUCCACUAAAUCCUAACCCCAACAGUAACUGGGGCACUUACUUCAAAGACAAUGAAAUGUUGCUACAGAUAGACAAAGAUUGUCGGCGACUUUGUCCUGACCUCUUUUUCUUCCAACGAGCAACAGAUUUCCCAUGUAAGGAGAUAAUUAAUGCAGCCUCUGGUGUUGAGACACUUAGAAAGCGUGUGGAGCAGUGUGUUCUUCACUCUGAAACUAUCAAGGUUGACAGGCAAGGAAAGGCAAACAUGAUAGUGAGUAGACGUAAGCGAAGCGAAGAGUACAUGACUCUCCCAGAUGGACAGGAGGCGCAUUGGGAGGUUGUAGAGAGGAUACUGUUUAUAUAUGGAAAGCUGAAUCCCGGGCAAGGCUAUGUACAGGGUAUGAAUGAGAUCCUUGGUCCUAUUUACUACACAUUUGCAACAGACCCUGACGUCAAAUGUAAAGAAUAUGCUGAAGCAGAUUCCUUUUUCUGUUUUACUAAUCUCAUGUCAGAGAUAAGAGAUAACUUCUUGAAAACACUUGACUUUGACUCACAUUGUGGAAUAGGUAGUAUGAUGUCCAGACUUGUAGACAAAAUGAAGUCAAGUGAUGAACGUGUGUCCCAACGAUUACAAGAACUUGACCUUAAACCUCAGUAUUAUGCCUUCAGAUGGAUCACCCUUCUGUUGUCACAGGAGUUUCCUCUCCCAGAUGUUUUACGGAUAUGGGACUCAUUAUUUGCUGAUGAAGAACGGUUUGAUUUCCUCAUAAGUAUGUGCUGUGCAAUGCUCAUUCUUGUACGAGAUGAACUGAUCUCGGGAGACUUCCCUCACAGUAUGAAAUUGGUUCAGAACUAUCACAAGACGAAGAUAGACUUGCAGACAAUACUGUCCAAAGCUGUGGAAAUCAGAUAACAUUCCAGGUGGAGCAUACUCAUAUGAAGUGGUAUACUAAACUACUGUGAUAAAGAGAGGUUGGGAUAUUGCUGGUAAGGAUAAUGACUACAUCUGUACAGUCAACAACUGGUGCCAUGUCAUAGUGGAUAUUUCUGGGUCUAUACUGUCGACGACUGGUGCCACGUCAUAGUGGAUAUUUCUGGGUCUAUACUGUCGACGACUGGUGCCACGUCAUAGUGGAUAUUUCUGGGUCUAUACUGUCGACGACUGGUGCCACGUCAUAGUGGAUAUUUCUGGGUCUAUACUGUCGACGACUGGUGCCACGUCAUAGUGGAUAUUUCUGGGUCUAUACUGUCGACGACUGGUGCCACGUCAUAGUGGAUAUUUCUGGGUCUAUACUGUCGACGACUGGUGCCACGUCAUAGUGGAUAUUUCUGGGUCUAUACUGUCGACGACUGGUGCCACGUCAUAGUGGAUAUUUCUGGGUCUAUACUGUCGACGACUGGUGCCACGUCAUAGUGGAUAUUUCUGGGUCUAUACUGUUGACGACUGGUACCACAUCAUUGUAGAUAUUUCUGGGUAUCGGAUGUCAUUGACUGGUGCCACAUCAUUGUGGAUAUUUCUGGGUAUCGGAUGUCAUUGACUGGUGCCACAUCAUUGUGGAUAUUUCUGGGUAUCGGAUGUCAUCGACUGGUGCCACAUCAUUGUGGAUAUUUCUGGGUAUCGGAUGUAGUCGACUGGUACCACAUCGAAGUAGAUGUUUCCUCAACUUGUAUGGACAAGUAUUUGGCAGAACCUUGCAUCACAUUAUAAAAGCUUGUAUCUAAACGACCAAUGUUUGGGUAUAUGUGUGAAUUUAUAUGUUUUGGUUAAAAAGUAAUAUCAACACUAGAAUCCAGCAUUAAUCAGAAUCCGUACCGAUCGGUGAUGGAUGUUUGUAGGAAGUUUGUAUAGAGAUGUGAGUUACUUUAAAAUUAAAAGGUAUGGUGGACAAAAUGUAAUUCAGUUCUGUCAAGGCAGAAAAUCACAUAACAGUUACUGUGACAAUACAUAAAGUAUUUUGAUUAUUCUUACUUAAACAAGUGGAAUUUAAAUUAAUUAAGACUUUUUUUGUGUGGCAAUUUUGUCUAUAUUUUUUGAGAAAAAUUGGUGAAAUGAAAAGGAACUAAUUAUGUUCAGGCAGUAAAUUUUCAAAAUAUAGCAUAGAUAUUAUAAUAAUUUCAAUUGGAGAAGCCAAUAUUAGCCCUAUUACCUGUAGAAGGAAUCUAAUCCUCAUUGGAUAUUCAUUUCAGGCAAAAUCUAUUAUUUAAAUAUUUUCAACUGUACCCUUUUGUGAAGAUGGCAUAACUCAUUGUUAUACCCCUAUAAAAUAGUUUCUAUAUAAACUCUAUUGACAAAAAUGCCAAUAAAUGAACUGUUCGGUCGAGCGGUCCAAAGAACUGUUAAAAUCGACUGUUAAAAUGUGCUGUUGGACCGGAGUGACGUCACACCUACAAUUCGUGACGUCAAUGCGACGUCAAUCCUCUUAUCGUUUGGUAAACAAACAUAAUGGCGGAAGGCAGCACUCGAUUUGCGGAAGCAACAGAGGAUGAAAUUCAGAAGAUUUUGAACGACCCUGACAGCAAAAACACGAAAAACGUUAUCAGAACUGCUGAAAAUCUUCUACAUGAAUACUGUGAAGCAGUUGGAUGUACAGUUGGAUCGCCCCUUACCAAUGUUACAGUUGACGAAUUGUGUGAAAUCCUACGGAAGUUCUACUGCGCUGCAAGGAAAAAAGACGGCAGUAUUUAUGCUAAAAAUGUUUUGAGUCAAUGGGGUAUAACAAAACAGUUAUCGACUGGGUUUUCGGGCAACAAAUGAUUUGUUGGUCCCUCACACAAACUGUUGCCCUCGGCCUUCGGCCUCGGGCAACUGUUUGUCUUCAGGGUUUAACAAAUCAUCUGUUGCCCUCAACCCCAGUCAAGAACUGUAUACUGUUAUAAAAUACAUGCAUAUUAAUUUAAGAUUUGUAACACCAAGUCUGGUACAGUGUAUUUGCUACAUGAGUGUUAGAGAAAGUGUAAGAUUUUGACAGUGAACCCAAGAUAAGAAAUACUCCCAGACAGUAUAUGUUCCUAUAUACUUGUAAGUUACCUGGCUUAGUUUUUAAAAUAAGAACUCUUUACUUUUAUGUAUGUUUGGUGUUUGAGUUUAGUAUACACGUGUGGUUUCAGGAGUGAAUAAACAUGCAUUUAUUUAGGUUUAACGCUGUAUGGACAAUAUACAAGGUUAAUUGGUAAACAAACUUAAAAAUCACAAGAAUUUGUUCUAUCGAUUUUUAUAAUGUCACUUGCCUAUGCUGAAAUUAAUAAUAUAAUUAUCAGUGUCCCUCAAAUCAAUUUUGGAUAUAUGUGAAGCAGAGAUGUGUUGACCGGCUCGUUUGGGAUAUCUUUGUAGUUUCUUUGUGCCAGGGCGCUGAUGUGUGUCUCUCCUAAAAUAAGUCCUCACAACCAGACAAGUUUCUUCUUUAUUUUAAAACAUUUCCUUUGGGUUGGUAAGAGUGUAUGUGAAUAGAUGUUGAUGACCAGUUCAGUACUGGUUGUGAUGUACAAAUGUCUGUAUGUCAAGAUUGGUUUGGAUCUGUAAUAUCUUAUCUGCAUUUGUAUCUUUUCAAUUUAAGCAUUGUUAGCUCACCUGGCUCGAAGGGCUGGCAAGCUUAUGCCAUGGUGAAGUGUGCCAUCAGCAUUUGCUUUAAAUCACUACUAGUCAUAAAAUACUGAAUGAACCAAAUUUGGUCAGAAAAAUCCUUAGGGGAAGGGGAACAAAUUUUGCAUUAAUGAUGAUUCUAACCCCAAGGGGCCAGGGGGGCAGGGCCCAAUAGGGGAAAUAGAGGUAAUUCCUUUAAAUCACUACUAGUCAUAAAGUUAUGAAUGAAUUUCAACCCAAUUUAGUCAGAAGUAUCCUUGCAAUUUGGGGAAAGGGAACAGAUUUUUUAGAAAUCCAAUAUUUUUGCCAUGAUUACUGAAAUAUCCAGGUGUGUAAUACAGGCCCUCUGGACCUGUUGUUUAGAUAAUAUUUUUUUGAUUGUAAAGUAAGAUCUAGGCCAAAUGGUGCAACUUUUCUCUGAUUAUACUGAUGGUCCUUAGAUUUCACAAGUAUGCGAAUAGACAUUUGUAUAUCUAAAUUAGUGUCCUAAUACUGAUACAUACAAAUGUCUAUUCCGAAAGUCAUCCUGUAAAUUGUAACAAUAUACGGAAAACUAAAAUGCCAUUUCCAAUGGUUAACUUAUUACUGAUUAAUACAUUAUAUUAGAAUAUUACAUUAUUUACAUUAUAUUUUUAGAAGCCUUGGUUACUUUAGUGGGCUUAAUCACUAACACAUUCACAUUAAAUCUAGGCGAAAAUUUAUUGAAUUUUCAGCAUCACCCUAAUGCUUAAGUGUCUCGAAACCAUGACAUGUUGUAGUCAUUAAAACAUUGGAUCAUUAAUAAUCGCCGCUCUAGAUUCAUAUACAAAUUGAACAAUGGUAAACCAUGCAUGGUUAUUCUUCCAUAAAUCAUUUUCUAUGGCUAAUUCUAUGUUGAAUCUUUAAUGAAGUAGAAUUUUAUAUACAUGUAGUAGUUUUGUUAUAGGACUAACUGUCUGUUUAUCUUGUCUCCCUCAUGUUGAACAGCUAGUUGUCACAAUUCUAUGUGUAUGUACUAUACAAUAUGUACUUCCAAUACUGAUAAGAAUAUUUUCUGAAACUUUUAGUCACAGGAAAUAUACUCAGUGGCCAUGCUAUCAAUAAUUAGCACAAGAUGAUAUUAAGUUUCCUUUAUUAACAGGGUUCUUUUAUGUUUUUAAAUACAUUGUACUUAUUUUUUAAUAUAAUUACUUGGUUGUUUUUCAAACAUACUUGAAUUUAAAAAAAAAAAGAUUUCUUUUAUUUUUGUUACUUGCCUAUAAAAUGAUUUUAUAUACGUUUUACUUAGGGCAAUAGAUAUACAUGUAGAUGUAAGUAGGUAGUCGACAAGUAUCAGUUAUAAAUAGAUAUGAUAAUUCAGGACUAUUUUUAAACAUGUGUCAUAUAUGAAUACCCAGAAUAUUAUAUUUCAAAUCACACCACUGUUUUAAUUUUUGGAAAUGUGUUUAAUGUGUUAAGUUUAAAACUUUUUUAUAAUACUCUAACUACAUAAACACGAGCUCCAAUAAAAUGUGUAUUAACAUAUAUCAGUAAUCUUUGUGUCAUGAUAAUCAAAAAUACACAGUCCAUACAUUCUGGUUAAGACUGUCGACAAAUCCUGCCAUGUAUAAUUUAAGGUACUUAUUUAUAUAUAAUUAUGUUGUUAGAACACCCAGAGAGAUGUUACAAAUCAACAUAGAUCAAUAGAGAGAUGUUACAAAUCAACAUAGAUCAAUAGAGAGAUGUUACAAAUCAACAUAGAUCAAUAGAGAGAUGUUACAAAUCAUGUUGAGUAUCAAAGGACAUAUUUUUAGUGCACAGCACUUUCUUCUGGCAUUGUUUAAGCAUUUUAUUAUGUUCAGUACUUUAAUUCCUAUUUCGUUAUGACUAUUUUCUGACAUCCUUAAAAUUCCAGGGUUUAAUAUUUCAUGCUCGAUGUAAAGAUGAGAUAGCUAAGGAAGACUAUGACCCUUGUAUUUCAGAAAUAAUGUCCCGACUUUUGUCUCUAAGGCUAAGUAUUAAUUUGUAAGGCAGUUAUAUAUUUGUUUACCUUAUUGCACCAUCCCAAAUUAGAUGUUGUGCAUAUGGUGACUUUAGGUUGACAGCUGAGGGUUGGACAUAGCUUCUUGUGAUAUGUAACAUAUGGCAUUACACGCAAUACAAUUACAAUAUCUACAAGCCUGUACUUUUAAUCUACAAGUUUAAUAUCUACAAGUUUGUACUUUUGAUAUCUACAAGCUUGUAAGCUUGUACUUUUAAUAUCAACAAGCUUGUACUUUUGAUAUCUACAAGCUUGUACUUUUAAAAAUUGGGUAUAUAUGUACGUAGAUUAACAGUUUUAUUUACUCUACCUGUGGGAUCUAUAUUAAGGUACUAUUAGUACACAAUUAAGGGCCAGCUUCAUGACCGGAAUUAGUUAUUGGGAAGAAAUAAUCAAUUGAAGCAUUUGUACAUUAUAAUUAUUAUAAAGGAAUUUUUCAGUUGGUUUUUGUUUGCAAUUUAGAUUUAAAGAUGCUACAUCGCUGACAGGAUAUAGACUUUUGUUGGCAAUGUAGCACCUGUAAACACAAUUCAACCUUUAAGAUAAUACAUUCCAUUUGUCAAACGGUUUUCCAAGAUAAUGUUAUAAUGUUUUAAUUGUUAAUACUGUGCUUUUGUGACCCUACUACUUUAUGGGAAGUGUUGUUAUGAAUGUGGCCUGUUUUCAGUAUUGUUUUUGUUACUGACUUCAUGUUCUACGACUUUCAUCAAAAUUAUAUUUAAAUUAGCAACUUGCAAUUGGUAUGAUAAAAACAGCUUUAAAUAGCUGUCGUAACAGAUUAAAUCAAAUUUGUAGUGUCACUUACCAGAGUAUCAAUAAAGGUAAAUUUGUUCAAAGUAAAAGGUGCUAAGAUCAUAUUGUAUUUUCUGUACUUGAUAAUUGGGACAGAUUUACAGUAACUGUUUGGACAGUGUUUGACAUUUGGUAUGAUGAUCAAACCAAGAUGUUUUCUGUACAGUUACGGGUAUUUCACUAUUAGGGUUAAUCGGACUAAAUUGUAGAUGAUUGAUGGACCUUUAUUUGAUUGGUUUGCUUGUAAUCUGAUUAAGUAUGGAUGUAAGGUUUUAUCUUGUUUGUCGUGACAUGCCAUGAGUGUGCUCAAAGCAUCAUUAUUUCCUAGCCAGCAUUAUUUAAAUUUGAUAUAGCUGGCAAAUUAAUUUUAUUUCCCCAUUAUUUAAUUAUUUUGAGCAUGGUAAAAUACUCUGCACUCUGAUGUUAAAAAUGAUUUUACUUUGAAAUUGUUACAAUGUUAUUUAAUAAAAGUGUUUUUUGUAUAUUUCUGUAAAUAAAAUUAUCCAACAAUGUU